ACAGUCUUUCUCAAAAGAAUUUGCUUGAUUUGUUUUCCAAGAAAAAGCGGAGAUUUUCUCAAUAAACGAUCGUGAAUAAUUCGUUUAUUAAAAUGAUUAAAGGAAGCAUGAUUUCAAACUAUCACAGGACGCGGGAAUAUAAGUUUAUAAUGAUCGAGGAGGUUAUGCAGCAGAAGGCGCCCGGGGUGCCUAGUAACAUAAAACUUGAACAUUCACACUCAACACCGACCCACGUAUCGCGUACCAAGAACUUCACGGCUAAUUUCUUUAAGACUACUUUUAGCUAUCGGAGCAAGGCGGUAGCGCCUUCGUCUUCAAGUACAGUCGAGAAAACUAUCAAAAUAGGCAGCGCGGAGACUAAGCCUGUAACUAGAAACAGGCCUAGGACAGUACCGUUAGCGGAUUCGACUAAUAAGUUAAAGUUAAAAAGAACCGUAGAUCGAACCAAGUCGGCAGGUUUGCAAAUCGAUAAAUUACCUGCCGAACCUGAACGACCACACAGGAGUAAACCUGCAACUCCAACGACCCCCGAUCCCGGUGGACUUAAGCCCACCAAAGAGAAUGCAAAAAAGGCAGACGCAAAGAGUUCCAAUGUCAUUCUGCAAAUUGUGAAAAAAUCAGCAAAAUCACCGGCACCGAAGCUUCCCGACAGUAUCUUACCGCCGACCUUGAGACCUAAAACCGAUAAAAACUUGAAACUAACUAAAAAUAUAAAUAAUAAUGAUGUUUGGACUAAUCCUAACGACAAAGUCGUUCAACGAAGAGUUCCUCCUUCGCCAUUAAGAGGGCCAAGUCAGGGGAAGCAGGAGUCCACGUUAAAAGGGGCUCCGUCAGUGUCGAGUCUCGAUUCAAAGCACCACAAAGUCGCACCAGCUCGCGACAAGACAUUGAAGAUCUUUGGGUCAAAAGAGAAAUUGCAUAAAGCGCACAAGAAGAAGGAUUUAGGGAAUAAUAAUGCUGUGUUAGAAGACCCUGAGUUAAGAGAAGGUUUGGAGUAUGAAGAUGGACAAGUCGGGGUGCAUGAUUACGGUAGCGCUGAGGAGCUGGGGUCGGUAGGCGGGCGAGGCUCGCAGGAGUGCGUCAGUCUGCCCGUCACUCUGAAUGCCGAUCACAUGCCCGGCUUCCAGGAAGUGGAGCUCAGGCCUAGAGUACCAUCUGAGGCAUCGUUGGCGUCAGGAGUCCGGGAAAUCGAAUCGUUGAGGAGAGAACUGGAAGCUACCGUGAUGGAGAGAGCACAGCUACAGGCCAGGGUUGAGGAGUUACUAGAGAAGGUAACGGAAGCUGACCGGCUUCGAGGAGAGCUGGAGAGGCUGAAGAGUAUGGACGCAGAACGCGAGGCAGCGCUGGAGCGUCUUGCGGACGAGAACGGCGCGUUGCGCGCGCGGCUGCGCGGCGUGGCGCACUCGCCGCUCUCCGACAGUGAGAAGCGACAGCUGCUGCUCGCGCCCGCGCCGCGCCGCAUGCACUCCUCCGCGCCCGCCUCCAUCGCACUCGCCAAUGGUGAAGGUGAUAGCGGUGAGGCGAGUACUCCGGAAUGGGACAAGCACUCGUCCUCGUCCCUCAGCGAGGUGUCGGUCGCCUGCCUGCAAGACCGCAUCUUGCAGAUGGAGGAACACCACUACAGCACAAGCGAAGAGCUACAAGCCACACUAGCAGAGCUAGCAGAUCUCCAAACCCAACUGGCGGACGCUCACGCGGACAACGAGCGCCUGGCGGACGAGAAACAAGUGCUGCUGGAGUCACUGUGUCGACAGACUGAGAAACUAGAAGAUAGUCGCACUAAGGUGGACACCUUACAAGAGCUCCUAAUGCGUGAGGGUGUGGAACCAGGGACACUGGUAUCUGGAGACACUGACCAACAACUCUUCGCUGUUCUCAAGCUAUCUCAAGAAGAACGCAGACAUCUGCUGACAAAGCAAGAACAGUUGGAGACAGAACUGAACCAAACCAAGGCAGCUCUGGAAGAGAAGACCAAAGAAAAUGAAACACUCGCUGAGAGGAUACGGUACGUUGCGAUUUUAUAUUCUUUUAGCUUGACCUGCUAUCAUAUUCUAGAGAAGAUUUUGGAUUUACAACAGCCUGUUAAUGGUUUCACUCCAGCGGCGGCGGCGGCGGCGCGGCGCGACGCGGACGCGGCCGCGGCGCGCGCGCUCGCGCUGGCCGAGCGACUCGCGCAUGCGCAGCGACAGCUCGACCGCGCGCAUUCCGACGCCAGGAAGAUGCAUGAUGAUGCACUGGUGUCACGAAACAACGCGAAGUCAACGAUAUCCGAGCUGGAGUUCCAGAUAGAACAGCUGCGGCAGGAGAAGACCGCCAUGCAAGGGGAGAUGAAGACCUUGCAGGACAACGCAGAGGAACUGCAGAUACAGGUGCAAGUAGCAUCAGACGAGAAGCUAGCACUAAUGAGUAGAGCGGGCGAGGCGCUGGCCAGGGUGGCGGACUUGGAGAGACAACUACAAGAUGCCAGGGCGAGGAAUGUACAGUUGACUAGAGAUCGGGAGAGAGAUGAAGCAGAAUGGAAACAAUUCCAAAGCGACCUCCUAAUGACAGUACGUGUCGCAAAUGAUUUCAAAACUGAAGCCCAGAGGGAGUUAGAACGGUUGGUCUCUGAGAACAAAGUAGCAAGGGACAGGAUACGACUCUUGGAAGAUCAGAUGCAUUCUCUUAAAGGUAUUGAGAGAUCCGAAUCUGUGGAUAGCAUAUACUCAGAUGACAAUAUAUUAGAUCUAAAGGAAUCUGAUACGUGCGAGUCUCCAUCAAGCGACGACUUAAGUCCGUCUAAAGACGUAUUCAAGAGCAUACGCACUAGAUACCUUUCGAGAGUGCACAGCGUCACCGACCCUCCAGCCAAAGACCCAAGCUUAAUAGAACAAGCAUUCUUCAGAUCCACUAAUGCUCCCGAAACGAACACCGAUAUGAAUGAUCUCUUGAAAGAUAAUUUCAAAAUAGAAAUUGAAAACGUCACUGUAGAUGAGACAAAUGAUGACGAUACUCCAAAAUCUUCGACAGAAGAGUAUCCGAGUAAAGUGUUAGCCGAAGCUGUCUUACCUCCUUUCAAAGAUAAGGAGUUAAAAAGGCAAAAUGCUGUCGACCAAUGCGAUACAACGGAUGACAGUCAUGCUCCAGCUGAACCAGAACUUGCGGAGAACCUAAUCGAUCUGAAUUCUAGUUUUAGGUUAGUUAAAUCAGAUUCUAGUUAUGUACCCAAACCCAAGGUGCGCACUAUUUUUAGUAAAAACCUAUCAGGAACGUUAAAUGGCAAGCCAAAGUCCUACAGUUUGGAUAGUUUGAAUACUAACGAAGAGUAUCAAGAAGCUUUAAAUGAGGCUACUAGUGUAGAUUUACUAACUGUUAAUACUGAAAGUGAAACUUCUCUAUUUUCGGAAAGUACUGAUAGUGUCUUCCUUCCUCCAGUAGAGAAAAAUAACAAUAAAGUAGAUUUAAAAAUUGAGGCUAAUAAUAAUGAAGUAAGUAAAGAUUUAACUGUAGUUAAAGCCGAAGAAAUCCUUCCAUUUCCAUACCCCGAUGAUAUUAAAAAAGAACCCGUAGUUGAUUUAAUCGAGGCAAAAAAGGUCUUAAGAGAUGUACCCAUUGAUGAUAAUGUUGAGAAACAACUGCAAAUGGUCAAUGAAGAAUUAAAACUCACAUUCAAAGCUGCAAUAGAAAGAAUAAUUGGAAAUAACAGAAUGAAGAAAGCUUCAAGUCCAGACAGUUUUAAAGAUGAUGAAAAACAAUCUUCUGAAGCUGACCUUAUUACCAAAGAUGAAAUAGACAAUUCAAAUAACACUAGAAAAAUAUCUUUGUCUAAUGUUCCUAAAGUUUUAAUAAGCGAUGUUGAUUCAGAACCAAAUGUUGAAGUUACCAAAGAGAAUAACAAUUUAGUUACCACUGAUGUAAAUACAUCUAGUCUGAAAGACGAAAAAACUAAUCUUGUUACUGAAACUGUUAAUGAUACUGUUCCUGAAGAACCUAAAUCUGAAGUUCCUAUAGAUGAUAAUGUUAGUUAUCACCUAAAAAUAAAUACUGCAGAUUUGGGUGAUGAUGUACCAAAGAUAGACACAAUUCCAAAUAAUAUUAACUCUAACAAUAGGCCUGGGCCUACAUUUAAGACUUUCUUAGCACCCCUCAAUAUAGGCAAAGGAAAUGUGGCACCUACAGCGCCUAUUAUUAUAAGUCCAGUGCUGAUACAACCAGUGUUUUUCAAACCUCUUACUCCCAAAGAAGUUAUAGUGGAACGCAAACAAGAAACCAAAAAGGGUACUCUUUAUUACAGUGAUAUUGAUCAGGUUGCUAAUGACAGCAAAAAUGAAAGUCAAAUACUUGAUGAUAAAGGCCCUGAGGAUAGCACUAAGAGAAAAGGUCUUUAUCAGAAAAAUACUAAAGCAAAACAAUUGCCUUUCUUAUCGUGGAAAACUUUCGGAUCAAAUGAAAGUUUAACAGAAAGUAAAAAUGUAAACAAGCCUCUGGAAAUAUCGAAGACUCCAAAUACCUUUUCGAGAACUCCCAUAGUGCCUUUAGAGCCUUCAAAAACUGUUGGCGUUGUACCAAUAGUUACCACGAAACCUCCAGAUGUUAAAGCUACUGUUGGCAAGUUAUCAAAGAGCCCGCAGUGGUUGAUUGAUAACAAAUAUUAUCAACCUGUGGAGAAUGUCCCAUUUGUUAUAAAUUCGACGCCAACUGUUGUACCUAAGCCUAUAGAGAUUAAGAAAGAAGAAGCAGAUGUAGCUCCCAGUAAUCCUUUUCAGUCUCAAGAAAGGAGAUUUUCUGAACAAGAGAAUGUUUAUGAAGAAAUAGGACCAGUGAUCUCAGAGGUAAUAGCCAAAGAUAAGAAUAUAGCGGAUGAUGAGAAGAUAUCAAACAAAAACCAGUCGGUUACAGAUGAAUUUGCUUCAGUUACCAGAGAAGAGGUGCUGAAAGUACCAAGACGUAUUAAAAAGCCUAGAAAAGACGAUAGGUUUACAAAAUCUAAAUCGCUAGAUUUUUUAGAUAACACAGAAGAAACAAAAGAAAGGGCGAGGGUAACCAAAUCAGUAAUAUCACUAUCGAAAGCGCCUAGCGCGAAAGAUGUGCCAAUAAAAUCUGGAUCUAUUGUGGAGAUAGUGCAAACUUUGGAGAAGAAACCGCCGCCAUCGGACACAGCAUUAGAAGUAGGUCCGAGGAAACUUUCGCUGCAGCAUUCAACUACUCCGAGCAUAGAACCGAACACUGGUUCAUUGCCAAGGGAUAAGCCAUACUGGAGGACAUUGGACCACAAACGGUUGUCGCACCCGAUAAGAUCAUUAAAAGAUCCCCCGCCUCGCAGACCUCUACCUAUACCACCACGCACUGAGGAGACGCCCCCGCCACCGCCGCUGUUGACCAGCGCGUCCCUGCAAGAUAUUAUGGCAACUGCUGCUUCGCACAGGAGGACUAAAGGUGUAAGUCGCCAAGAUUCCAGACUGUCAGUGAAAUCUCUUAUCGAGAGUAUAGAAAAUGCGGCGAAGGCAGCCAAGCAGUCGCCUGCAACCACCCCUGUAGGAGAGUGGCCUCAGCAAACGACAGUUGGCGUGACAACAACUACAUCAACAUCAAUAAAGAACGGCAUAGCGGAUUCCACAGCGUCAACAAAUGGCAUGACUGGAACCACCUUCUCAAGUAAACCACCAGCUGCACGGGGCGCUCGACCCUCACCCAUUGUUAACGAGGCUGGCGCAGCGCAAUCCAACAUCCCGGACGAGCAGCGCGCCCUCCACUCGCUGCAGCAGAAAGCCAUCGAGUCCUUCGUGCGACGGAACAGCUAUGGAGAUAUAUGUGAGAGGAAAGAUCCAUUGAAUGCGCUGCAAGUCAAGAAUGGCGGGUCCAAACGCAAUGCUCUGCUGAAAUGGUGCCAACAGAAGACCAUGGGAUACAACAACAUUGAUAUUACUAAUUUUAGUUCAUCGUGGAACGACGGUAUGGCCUUGUGUGCACUACUACACUCGUACCUGGGCGACAGUCGUAUCUGCUACUCCUCGCUGUCUCCACACGACAAGAGGACCAACUUCUCCGUAGCGUUCGCCGCUGCAGAGUCCGUUGGGAUACCUACAACACUGAACAUUCAAGACAUGAUCCAACAAGAGAGACCGGACUGGCAGCAAGUUAUGGCGUAUGUUACAAGCAUUUACAAACAUUUUGAAACGUAAACCUUAUUGCAAUAGAUAUAGAGAACAAUUUACAACAUCUUUAUAUUAUAACUUUCGUGAGACAUACUAAAUUAAAUAUUAUGGUUUUCGCCUUACUUACGUAAUUAUUUGACGAGGACCUGGUCUAGUUUCACGCAAGUCACUGCGAGUCGCGUAAUGCUGCUCAUGAAUAUGAGCCACUAGCGUGGCUGGCAACUAGUCGAGUUACUUAUCAAACAAUUACGGGAAAAAGCCGAAAACAUAUAUUUAAUUUACAACAUCGUAGUAUUAUGAAUUUAUAUGAUAUUCCAUUUUUAAUGAGAGCCCAUAUUAGCGCAAAACUUUGCGCAAUUUAGCGCAACGGCCUUAUUGUUUGCGCAUUAGACUUGAUUAAAUAUUCUGUAUUACUUGUAGAGUGGAAAAUGAAUUGAAUCUUUGCUUAAAAUUAUAAUAAGAUAUUUUAAAUGAAUAAUUACCCAUAUAAAACGAAUAUUCAUGCCUUUUUAAAGUAGCCUUAUGUACUGCGAAGAAACUUGCAUUAGAUAUCACGUAUGAAUUAAAAUAAUCUUUGGAACAAAAUUAGAACAAUGCAAGUAGCUGUUAUACAUAAAAAUAUAUAUCUUUCGUAAAAAGGCUACAUUUAUAUGCCUGGUAUGUUGUAUGCGAGCUAAAACUGUAUCGAAAAUAAUAUUGUAAUUAACAUUCCUAAAGAAAAUUCAUAUUUUUGGACUGUAUUGAAAAAGGGAUAGUAAGGUAGAUACUAAAACCUAGUAGAAAGUUAGCGGUUACGUGAUUUAAUGUGAUAUUGAACCUUAAUCUUGUAGUCAUUCGGUUUUAAUUCAUUCCAUAUUUUGUUCGUAGUUCAAACAGAUAUUUUUAUCCCUUUAUUUCUUUUAUGAACGAUCAUAAGACAACCUACAUUGUAAUUAGUAUGCGCACGUAACUUUUUGAGCGUGCUCGAUUAGUUUCAAGCGGAAAUCGGGACUCAUAAUCAUGAGCAGAAUGCGUGGUGACUAGUGAACGACGUCCCACGUUACAUUAACAGUUACAUGAGUAAGCCACACAAUUUAAAGUCUUUUUAACUUCACAACAGAGUUCAAUAUCGUACAAAAUCACAAUAAGCUAAAAAGAGUGUGAUACAAGUACUAUAUUGCCUUGUUUUGGCCUUGCGGGUUGUAGCCGUCUUUCCAUUAUAAAGACUGAUACGAUAAUGUUAGGAUGGAACCAUCUCUAGAGAAGAAUACGACCAGAUAACUUAAAUAUAUAACUUAAAUCUGAGCUAAUCGGUAGAAAUAUUGACGAAUGUGGAACUUUUGAUGUUAUUUGGUAGAAGUUAGGGACAUUUUCUGUCUAGUUUUGAGACAGAAAAUAUGCGAAACGUAAUAUACCUCUAGUAUUGAAACUAAGAAACAUUUCUCAAUUCUUUGACCGUACUAAAAUAUGUAAGUAAUAUCGUCGUCUUUAUAAUAUCAUAGCUUACAAAUAUUUAAAUAUCGCGAAGUCAAAAUGUAAUCAAAAAGCCUUUUCUAUUUUAAAUAGUCGCAAAAUGCAUUAUCAUUAAUCUUAAUAAAUUGGUCUCAUUAUACUUUUAAAUACGCUGUUUAAAAUAAAAUUGGUAUUUUUGAACUUACUAAUUAAAAACAUAUUACUAUAACUUAUCUAUGGCUAUUAGAGUCAGCCAGCUAUUUUAAUCUAAAAGGCUCAUAUUCACAUAAAUAAAAAAGUAGAUAUUUAAAAUAUUAAAUCGCGUCCCUAUACAUUUUGCCUUAAAUAUAUCUGCUCCAAUUUAUUCAUGAAUUUCAUUACAAAAAAUUGCCUUUAUAAAUAUAAUGUUCAUAUAAUAUUCUCAUAUUUAUAUUUGUAUGUGAUUAGGCUUCGACCAAUGUAACUUUAUUCUUGUAAAUUAUAACUUAACUACUCGCCUUUUUGCCUAGAGCAAAAUAGCAUUAUUAAUGGAAUUGAAUGUGAUAAUGUCGAUUUUGUAUGAAACUACUAAAUUUACAUAGUAAUUUCGUAUUUUGUGUCUUUUUAAUAAAAAAAUAUUUAUAACUAAUGUUGAUUUGGUGAUUAAAUUAAUCACUUUUUCGAACAAGUCUUCGACACUGAAAAAAAAGAAGUUAUGUCAACCUCAACUUUGACAGGUGUCACAUUUCAAUGGAUUCUGUUCCUCUAUUUUUUAGGAGAAAUAAUAAUAUGGUAUGCGGCUUCCUACACAAUCGGCAUUAAAUAAUUAUUACCCAUAUUUAUAUUUACUAAUCGUUUAUUUAUGUAACUUAUUAUGUAACCAAAAUAUAAUCAUUUUGUGAACGCGGCAAAAUUAUUAACCAAUAGUCGUUAAGCGUUGCACGCAUUCUCAAUCACUAUUGGUCACUAUUUAACCAGCUUCUCUGAUUUUUAAAGAAUGUGAUUACAUUGUUUUUUCUGUGGAUUUACCUUUACAUCUAGUCCAAAACAUUGGGUAGAAAUAACUCAUUAUAGUUACUUUUAUGAGGUACUGUUUUUUUUGCUCAUUGUAUAUAGCGCUCAUCUAGCAUGAUGUCUCUUUGUCCAAUUGUCGCAGCUGUCUAAAAAUUAUGGCGAAAGAUUUGGCCCCAGUUAAUGAGACAGAUCUCAAUUUUCUUUCACGCCAUCUAGUGACAAAAAAUGGUAGUCCUUAUUUGGAAUGUUUGUUUGAUAAAUCCAGUAAUCAUUAAAUCACGACGUAUUUUAUAGUAAAUUAUUAUAGCAUUUGAUUUUGUGAGGUUAUACUAUUGUUUGGCUGAAUGUUUUAUAAACUUGUGAACGUGUUGUCACAGUUAAAUAUUCCGGUGUUGUCAUACACACAUUGUAGUACUUUAUAUUAAACGAUAUAUUCGACUAUAUUAUUAAACUAUAGUAAAUAUUUAUUUGAGGCUGUUUCGUCCGUGUGUGUAUGAUCAGACACAGUUGAUAUUAGUUUUUAAACUACUUUGUAUAUGCUGCCCUGUAUUUUGUGGCACGGAGUGUAAAAAUCUUCCAUCUUGCAACACUGAAAGAUGUUUUAAAUUAUUAGGGCAAAUGACAAGAUGUGUUUAUGUAUUUUAAGGUGAAUUUAAUCACUAUCACUUCAUCUAAAUGGUAUUAUUAAUAUUUUUGACGUAAUUGUACACUUGGUGCCACAUAAAACAGGUCAUUCUUUAGAUUUAAUUUAAGUAACGCGCUGUGUUACAUUUCUGACUCGGUUGUUGAUGCUUAGUAGUUUAAUUACCUAUUACAUAUUUUGAGAUAAUUGUAUUUUUGUAAAUAUAGCUUUUAAAUAAAGUUCCUGAUUUAUUAUAA